AUGUUGCCAGCAGCGCGAGAGCCCACACCAGGCCGAGUCGCCAAUCCACAAUUCGACCUAACCGCGAAGGGCUGCUUGGCUGUCCAGACCCCCCUACCGCUGGCUUCGUACGCGCCCAAGGGGGCCGGGACAGCGCUGGCAAGGCAAGGUACAUGUACCGGCCGGCUGAGCGGUACCUCGUACGCACCGGCGACUGUGCCCAGCACUGUCCAGGUACAUGCCGCUGCGGUGCUGGAAAGCGAAAAAGUACCCGUUGUAACCAACUGGCAGCGCUCAGUUCCAGUUCCCCACCCCGAGCUUGUGCUUGUCCACUCUGAACCUUGA